CAAGCACCCCAUACCUCUCUCACAAUCAAAUUAGUAACUGAUAGUCUGAUACAGUAUUCUCUCUGCCUCAAUUCCCUCUUCUCUCUCAUAAUCUCUUCAGAAAUUCAUUCAUCCUGAUUUUGAAAGUUUGCUGAGUUUCAUUUCCUAGCCGCAGGAACAGAACAACAGAUAUACAAGAAUAUGGCGACCCUUUACAGAAGCUCGGGGAUCGGAAAAUGUCUGGUUGAGACUUUGGAAGAGAUGCUUGAGAACGGAACUCUCACCGCCGAACUUGCCUUUCAGGUUCUGCUCCAAUUCGACGCGUCUAUGGCUCAAGCUUUCAGAACCCGAGUGAAAAACAAAGUCUCCAUCAAGGGACAUCUGCAUACCUACAAUUUCUGCAACCAUGUUUGGAACUUCUCCGUACACGAUGCUGUGGUCAGAUACCAGAAUAAUAUUGGCGCCACCGUCGAGGAGAACGUUGACCGCCUUAAAAUAGUGGCCUGCGACCCAAAAAGCCCUGCCGACCUUGUAAUAUCAAUCUCGUGAAUUCCAUUCUACUUUUGUUCACGUUUGA